AUGAGUUGGGCACCCGAGGAGCCAGCCGACAAGUUGGAGAUCAACGAAGCGGUCGGCAAACUGUUGCAGUCGUUCAAUUAUGAAACCAUAGUGCCUCAGCCUAAUAAAGGUGGAGGAUGCAUCAGAAGGCCGCAUGUGAAGCGACCAAUGAACGCCUUCAUGGUAUUCGCGCAAGCGAUGCGCAAGCGACUGUCGGAGCAACGUCCAUCCCUACAUAACGCAGAACUCAGCAAAUCACUUGGAUCCAUGUGGAAAAGUCUUAGCGAAGAGGAAAAGAUGCCGUUUAUAAAGGAAGCCGAGAAGUUGCGGAACAAACACAAAAAGGAUCAUCCCGAAUACAAAUAUCAGCCUCGACGUCGGAAACCACCGCCGACAUCCGCAACGCGGCUGAAGCGAGAAAUAUCGCCAGAUAGAUCUCAAAUAGAUUUCUCACGAAUCGAAGUAGACGGUGCAUUAUUAGCGGACGGCCCUCCAGAUGGCGCCGAAUUAGAUCAGUAUCUAAAGCCGACACCGAUUCCGGAGUACCACGAAAUGCAGCCUCGCUAUCCUCACAGCCUGUCCCACCACGUCCCUUCGCUCUACACCCCCGUACCUUCACACUUACACCCGCCGUGCACGGAUUGGCAACACUACCCAGGCCAUCCUUAAUAAAAUGCACCGACAGAACAUAACCAACAGUUCAUGUUAUCUCCUAGAAAUGUUUAAAAAAUAGGUCACAUCACGACACAUGGACGUCUAGUGCUUAUGGUUUUUUGUAAAUAUCAUAUCAACACAUGGGUUUUGAUCUUGUGCGUAGUAGCGCAC